UAGGUUCUAAAUUUAGGAAAAAGUACGGCUACUGACUCACUAAAUCAUUUAGAAACCUAACUAGAAUCGAAUUUAGGAAGGUGCGAUCGCGUUUAGUCGAUUCAGUCGGUGCGCAGCACUUCGCGCGUGUGAAUGUGUCGCUUCGCUUGUUGUGAGAAAGUGCGAGUGUCCGAGAAUGGCGACGAAAGAAAAAGAAAUUUUAAGCCAUUUAAUCGAACUUUAUAAAGACAUGCCAUAUCUAUGGAACAAAAAUGAUAAGAAUUACAUGAAUAAAAACAUUAGAAGUGAAGGUUUCGAAGUGCUUCUCAGCAUAUACAAAAAUAUCGAUAAGGAUGCUACAGUCAAAACGUUAAAGAAGAAAAUAGAUAAUUUAAAAACAAAUUACUUGAAAGAAUUGAAGAAGGUAAGUUUUAACGUUGCUUUUAUAUAUUAUUUCAAAGAAAGGGGCUUCAGUUUUCUGGAAACUACCACAGAAUCAUGCCGUUCAAUCAGGGACACAAUAGAAGACCAGGAUUCAUCAUUAUCUUGCACAGAAGAUACUCAGAUGACAAAUUCUACCAAUAGUACUUCCAAUGAAAAUAUGUUUAAGAAGAAAAAGAAAGAAGCUCCUUUAAAACAACAACAGGACAUUCUUGAAAAAGCUUCCGAAUUAUUGAACACAAAGGAAGAAGACUGGGAAAUCCUUGGAAGAUCCAUUGGAAUGCAAUUGAGAGAUUUGAAUCAACGGCAACAUAUUAUAGCCCGCAAAUUAAUAUCAGAUGUGAUAUUUUAUGCUACUUUAAACAAAUUGUCUGAAGAAUCAUUUGUAGGUGUAACCACACAUCAAUCUAAGGCUCCAUACCCAUGGUUCACACCUUCACGAUCAUCAUCUGCCCAGAGUGAAUUUCAUCCUCCUGUUAGAACAUCGUCACCAUACCAGUCCCCGUAUCCCCAAUCGCCAAAUUCUCCCCUUUCAGGCAACUGA